AUGGGAUUUGAUGUUGGUGGUAGCUUGUUUGUGCUGCCUGAUAUGAGAGGUUGGCUUCGUGGCUUGCUACUUGAUGCUACUCCUCUGGCGAUUUCGACGGUAUGGUGGUUGUGGCGAGCAAGGAAUAUUUGGUGCAUGGAGCAGAAAUCGGUCUCUUGGCAGGGAAUGGUUUCGAGAAUCAUUGCAAUGGCAUCAGAUAUAGAGCGUGGGUUUGGCACGUCUGAGGGUGUUUCCGUUCGAGUUCUGCGUCUGGUGCGGUGGACGCCAGCUCUCAGUAAUUGCAUGGUGUUGAACGUUGAUGGCAGCGUUAUGGGUGUCCUGAGUCGGGAUAGCUUUGGCGGCUGCAUUCGAAGUGACCAAGGUCAGUGGAAGAGCGGCUUCUUUGGCUUCAUGGAUGACGCGUGUAUUCUUCAUCUUGAGCUGCAAGCUCUCUUCCAUGGUUUGACCGUCGUUUGGGAGCAGGGUUAUAGAAGAGUUGAUUGUCAAUCUGACUCUUUGGCUGCAGUGACGCUAGUUGAGUCGGUGCCGCCCUCUACUCAUCUUUAUGCUUCGUUGAUUUGGGAUAUUAAGGAUCUUUUGGGCCGAGCUUGGACGGUGAACCUUCAUCAUACUUUGAGGGAAGGUAAUGCUUGUGCGGAUUUCUUGGCGAAGCACGAAGCUGGUCAAGGGGAUGCGUUGGUUGUGAUUGAGGAUCCGAUUCCAGGAUUGAGUUUGCUUCUUCUCGCGGAUGCGUCGGGUAAAUAA